UUGAAGCCCGCUACGCAUGCGCGUUCGUGACUUCUCCGCUGGAGACAUGGCGACGUCCCUGAUUUGCGGCUGUUUGACGGCUAGCCUGAGAUCUUCGGGGGCCAGAAACACUAUCAGCUCUGCUUCGAAGAUAUCUGCCGACUUACAGACUAAAGGUUCUAAGGACCUGGUGGUGAAAGCUCAGGUUCUGGCUGGAGGUAGAGGGAAGGGGACGUUUGAGGGCGGACUGAAGGGAGGAGUGAAGAUCGUCUACUCCCCAGAAGAGGCUCGGGAAAUUUCCUCUCAGAUGAUUGGUCGAAAACUGUUCACCAAACAGACCGGGGAGGCGGGUCGGAUCUGCAACCAGGUGUUUAUCUGCGAGCGCAGGUACCCGCGCAGAGAGUACUACUUCGCCAUCACCAUGGAGAGGUCUUUUCAGGGUCCUGUGCUGAUUGGCAGCUCGCAGGGGGGCGUGAACAUCGAAGACGUGGCKGCAGAAAAUCCAGACGCCAUUGUGAAAGAGCCCAUUGACAUCGUAGAGGGCAUUAAGAAGGAGCAGGCUGUCAAGGUUGCUCAGAAGAUGGGCUUCCCAGACGCUCUGGUGGACGAGGCGGCGGAGAACAUGAUCAAGCUCUACAAUGUUUUCAUCAAGUAYGACGCCUCCAUGUUGGAGAUCAAUCCCAUGGUGGAGGACUCCUCUGGUGUYGGUAUGAACACGCCUGCACUAUCUGUCACACUUCCACAGUUAACCUUUGACAGGACCAGGACAUGCAUGAGAACCAGAAAUUUGUUUUUAAUGACUUUUGUGCUAUUUAUAAUGUCAUCAAACCAAUGGGCUCCAUCAUCUCCAGUUAACGGUGCUGGUCUGGCUAUGGCCACCAUGGACAUCAUCAAGCUCCACGGCGGCACACCAGCCAACUUCCUGGACGUAGGAGGCGGGGCCACGGCCCAUCAGGUGAAUGAGGCGUUCAAACUCAUCACCUCAGACCAGAAGGUUCAGGCCAUCCUGGUCAACAUCUUUGGAGGCAUCAUGAGGUGUGAUGUCAUCGCCCAGGGCAUCAUCAUGGCUGUGAGAGACCUGGAUCUCAAAAUCCCCAUCGUAGUACGGUUACAAGGUGCGCCACGCUCACAUAAAAGAGAAGCUAAUGAUGCUGAGCGGCACACAAAGAGGGAGACGGGUGGAGGGUUUCUGCAGCACAAAAACUUCCCUCUGAUGAUUCACAUUUCCAUAAUCAGAGCUCAACAGGCGCAGCGAGGCGCCAUCAGCAGUGACUGGGGGUCUCGAGUUUGAUUGUUGUGGUGAUGAGGGAGUGAAGAUUUUCAUUAGCUAAUCUCAUUAUAUUCCACAUCUAUUGUCAUGAGCUUUUGAUUUAA